AUGGCUGGCGAGAUGGAGGCGAGCACGACGCGGACGAACAUCAAGCAGUGGCUGGAGGAUCAUGCACAGCAACCAGUCACAGUUGGUAUGGGCCAAAGCAUUGCCCUCAACGUGAUUACGCUUGCAGCUGGCGUGGCCAUUUGGCACCUGAAGAGAUGGUGCCGACACCUGCGGAGGAACCCCAGCAACGAGUCAGGAGGACUGCAAGAGGCUUCCCGGAGGCUGCUGGCGAACGAUGACUGUGGCGAGUACACCAGUCGAAACGCCUUUGAGUUUUCCUCGGCCUUUCUCGGCCCUACGUUCCAUGGCACUGCUCUCAACUAUCUGAUAUUUCUUCGCAUUUCUGCGGAGAUGUGUACGACGCUGACCGUUGUCUCUGCUUUUUUUGUGAUUCCUCACUGGGGCGUGCAGCCCCUUCUGCUCGGCGGUCCUCAGGGCCGGAUCUCACUGGCAAAGGAUAUUAGUGCUGAGGGUAUCUGCUUGCUCUGCCUUCUCGCCACGGUGUUCGGUGUGGUGGUCCUCAUCUUUACACAACGAAUGAAGGUGCACAUGCGUGUACGGUCGGCUAUGCAUCCUCGGACGAUGCCUCUUCUCGACCGUACGGUUUGGUUGACCCAUCUUCCGGUGGGCGACAAUUUGACCGGAUUGCCCUUCUCGCUCACCGAUCAGGAGUUUCACAUGGUCGAGCAGUCCCUCACUCGUGCGAUUGAGGAGCAUAUCCGUGAGAAGCUCCAAAUCAGUGAAGACAAAGCGAAGACAGCAGUUUUCCGUGUGCACGUGCCCUUCGUGGUGGACAAGUGGUACGACCUCGACUCCCGACAGAAGGAGACUUUCGCCAGGUUGAAGAUGAAGCGAGAUCAGCUGAGUACUCUUCAGGCGGAGCUGCACCAGCACGGCUGUCUCUGCCGGUGCUCUCCACGUCUCCGGAUAUGGUGGUUAUCUAGACAAGUCCGACGGCUUGAGCGGAAGACACAAGAUCUGAAGCACGAGCUGGACGACAUGGAGCUGUCUGCCAAGCGAAUGAGUGGCAGUGCCUUUGUAACCUUCCAGGAGCGCAAGUACAAAGCGACUUUGCUUGAAGACAUACCUUCCUGCUGGAAGUUCCAUUCCUACGCCUAUUUCAACUUCGGCCAGCCGCCUUUCUCUUCUGUUACGUUGAGGUGUCGGCGGGCACCCCAUCCAGCCGACGUGCUUUGGGAGAACUUGCAUAUCCCCUACUACAAGAGGGGUCUGCGGUUGACAAGCGCUACCUUGCUGCUUCUGGUGUUCAUGCUAGUUGUCGUCACGCCCGUGUCUGUUUCUUCGGAGCUGAACACCAUCAUCCCGGAGCUUCGGAAAGGCUCCCACGUUCUCCGUCACGCCGUGGAGCAACGCCUUGGUGUAUUCCUUCCGGACAGGGGCGGCGUUUGGCGCUGGAUGUCGAUGCAGCUGCCAACCAUGAUAAUUCUGCUCAUCAACUCCUUGCUGCUUCCUUUGAUUAUCGGCGAGAUUUGUCGCUUCACUCGGAGCCACACUCUGUCCAAGGUGGAGGUGAACCAGCUGCUGAUGAACUACGUGUUUCUCGUUUUGAAUCAGCUGCUGAUCCCAUUGCUCGGCCUCACCGGUAUCCCGGCUCUUCUGGAGUUUCUGGAGGUGAAGCUUGCGGAUCACACACAGGACAUCUCGGUGCUGCAGCUGCUGGACGGAAGCAUGUUCAGUUCACCUGGCCUCUUCUAUGUGCGCUACUUGCUGAACUGCACCUUCCUGACCAACACCAACAGUUUACUGAAUCUCAGUCAGCUUGUUGUCCGAUGGCUGCUGUCGCAACCCGAACCGUGGAUCUUUGCUUGGGGAUACUGGUAUGCCUUCACCCUUGCCAUUCUUACCACAGCCGUGAACCUCGGCGUGCUCAUGCCCUCGCUGCUACCCUGUGGUGCCCUGUUCUUCGCGAUGAAGUACAGAAUCGACAAGCACAUUCUUUCCGUGCGGGGAUUCCUCUGUGGCCCUGAGAGCCAGGGCCUCUUCAUUCCCCGGGUCCUGUUCAUUAUGCGCAUGAUUGUCGCCGGGCUCUGGCUGGUAAUCGGCAGCUCGCUGCACUUCACCGCACGCACUUUUUUCGAGGACCGGUGGACAGCCCCCGUGCCGCUGAAGGCCGUCGAGUGGUUUUCGGCCUUGCUGGUCGCAGCCGCCUUGGUUGUGUGGCUCUGGAGCUCUUGGGCCAAGGCCAGCUCACUGCACAAUGACAAGUUCGAGCUUCUGCGGUUUUCCAAGAAGGAGAAGAACUUCAUGGACAGGUGCCUGGAUUCUAUCUUCGGGAAGCUUCAGGCGGACUUGGAGAUGCAUUGGCAGAGGGUGGGGCAGCCCAAGGUCGAUAAGGCGGGUCGCUUCCCGUCAGAGGACACCAGCCUCUCUCUGGGAUCUCUGGCUUUCACGCGUCGAGACUCCACGGAGGUCGAGGAGCAGCACGGCGAGCAAGGGAUGAUCUCGCUUGUUUGGCACUGUCGCUCCUGGCUGUCAUCCUGGACGGAGUUUGCCACACGUCGCAACUUGCCGGCCGAUCUUUUCUACCUGACAUACGACGGAGCUGAUGAAAGCCCUCUGUCGUGA